AUGCCUCCGACAGCGGAAUACAGGGCGCCCUGGCCGGUUUUUGCGCUGGCAUGGUCAAAUCAUCCGUCCACCUCCUCGCCCUCCUCCUCAUCACAACACCUGCGCAAUCCAUCCGGCUCAGCACGGUACGUCCCGCCUUCGCCCUCGCCGCUAGGACGCCACGACGAGUUUGGUGGACUGCCAGCUUCAAGCACGCCAGGACCUCCAGAUAGCGCUAGAAUAGCCGUGGGCUCCUUCGUCGAGCAAUAUACCAACCGCAUCCAGAUCCUCGGCUUCCAUCCACGCGACUCAUCCUCCCUCACUCUCUUGGCGGAUGCAUCCCACCCAUAUCCUCCGACGAAACUAGGUUUCCAGCCAUCCACCCUCUUCGAUGGCUCAUCCAGCGAGCGAAGAGAUGACUCGCUCGACAGAGAGUCCAGCUCCGGUGACCGCGGAUAUGCGUCGCCCACCACCAAGCUAGCCAAGCGUGGCAGCUGGGGCGCCAAAGUACGCUCCUCCCUCUCUUCUGAAGGUGGCGAAGGACCAGAUCACUACCCAGAUAGAGAGCUGCUCGCAAGUACAGCCGACUGUCUGCGUAUUUGGGAGAUCCAUCGCAACGAAUUCGCCGAUCCCUACCAAGCCGGUUACGUCGGCGGGAAUACGGCAGGUGCGUCCAAGCCGGAUCCACAGCAGCUGCCCUUCGCCUUGCGCGAAAAGAGUGUCUUGGCGCACUCAAAGAACACAAAGAGUCCACCUGCUCCGCUCACCUCUUUCUCGUGGAACACGCCUUCUCCGAAUCUCAUCGUCACAUCAAGCAUCGACACCACCUGCACAAUCUGGGAUCUGCCCACGCGCACAGCGUUAACGCAGCUCAUCGCACACGAUCGCGAAGUGUACGAUGUCGAUUGGUGUCCAGGCUCGGCCGAUGUCUUCGCCAGUGUAGGUGCCGACGGCAGUGUGCGUGUUUUCGACCUGCGAAGCCUCGAACACUCGACCAUCAUCUACGAGACUGGCACUGCCCCCGGCGCCACCGAAUCACGUCCAGGCACCAGCAUGUCGACAUCUUCCAGGGCGACGUCAACACGCAGCGUACCUGCCGCUCCUCUACUUCGGAUCGCCUUCAACCCAUGGGAUGCCAACUACCUGGCCACCUUUCAUCUCGAGUCCGACUCGGUGCAGAUCUUGGACGUCAGGGCACCCGGAUCGCCCAUCCUUGAAUUGCGCGGCCACUCUGCGGCAGUCAAUGCCAUCGCAUGGGGCCCGCCUUCGGUCGGCGCCGGAGUGCUCGGUCCAAGCAAAGGCAUGGUAUGCUCGGCCGCCGAUGACGCUCAAGUGCUCGUUUACGACCUGGCGUCCACGACGCUGCGCACCGCAUCGGCACAGGGAAGGCGCAGCAGGAACGGCCAUGCGCCCUCGCCGGCGCCCGGCUCGAUGGGCUAUUCUCACUCGACCUCUUCCUUCGGCGGCACUGCCAGUCCGGCGCCCACCGCCAGCCUGGCGGGCAGCAUCGGCAUCGGUGCCGAGAUUCCCUUCCUCGCCUACACCACCCCGAACCAGGAGAUGGUCAACAACGUCUCGUGGCUCCGGGCCGGCGGCGGCGGUCUGCCUCCUGGUGUGGGAGGCUUUGGCGGAGGCGGAGGUUCCAGCGGCAGCAAGAGCGUUGUGCAGGAGUGGAACGAAUUCACAGCGGGCAGCAGCGGCGGCAACACGUCCGGAUUCGCACCUCACGACUCGGACUGGAUCGCGCUUGCAGCAGGAAACUCGGUGCGUGCACUCAAAGUCUAG